AUGAAGGGCCAGAAGAAUAGCCGCCACGGCCUCAACCAGAGCAACAUCAAAAGCUGCAGGAAGUGCAAAAACCACAAGCACUGCAAAGAAUGCAGGAGCAAACAACCAGGGGACAACCCGUUCCCUACAACCACCUUCCACGGCUUCCCCAAUCUACCCCCCGAGAUCCGCGAAGCGAUUUGGACCCUGGCCCUCCGACGCCCCUGCAUAUGGGAGGUUGACGCCAGCCUCACUCUCAAGCCCGUGGGGAAGGCUCCCUACCACGUGGGCAACUCGUGCACCGAGGCCCGGUUCUGGAUGAGGAAGCUGUACGGGCAGCCCGUCGGCCACGAGCUGCAUCCCACACUGCACGAGCGCCACCGCUGGAUCGACUUUGACAACACCCUCUUGCGCCUCAGCUACUGCGGCAACAAGAUCACCUGGCCUCUGAGCCCCGCGCGUGAUUCGCCGCCCGGGCUCACGCCCGCAGAGGCCACCCGGGUCAGGCACGUCGCUGCCCUUUACUACCAGUGCUGCCGAGGCCUGGCGGGCGUGGCCUUUGUGAACCUGCGCAAGGGAGGGCAAAAAAACAUAAAGUUUGUGGCCAGGGAUUCGGAGGCCCUCACCAUGAACAUGUUGGCGCUCUCGAUGGAGGGAAUGGACGUCUUUGCCCACGAACAAGUUCGGGGGGCCAAUAAUCGCCGUGCUGUCAGUUCAGCCCAUACUUUCGACUACCUCGUGGUGGACCAGGUGGAAAGCGGCAUGAUGUGGAGCGCGAAAGACGCGGCGACUGCCUGUGGGUAUGAGCAUCCCGUGUGGUAUUUGUUCUGGGGAAAGAGGCCGUUGAGUCGGCUUUUUGAAAGUAGCAUCGAGCAGAAGCGGGCGGAUAGGAAGAGGAGGUGA